AUGUUCUCUGGCAUCUUCGUAGGCAAAAAGCUCAGUCGCGACCCCGAGGGGCUCUCAAUUAAGGUCCGCACGCACAUCGCCGGUGCCGAGAUGUCAGAGAAAGGGUCAUUGGGCGCGAUCGACUGGCUCAAGGAUACCCCCAAGGACCACAAGGAGGUCGAGACGGUGUUGAAGAGUGACGCCUGGAAAAAGGACUGCACUGCCCAACAUCAAGCCCAUGGCCAACGCCAAGCUGUCGCCGUUCCUCUCCGUCACAUUAAUUCCAUCAUAAUGGAGACAAGUUCGACGGUUACAGGCUCCUCCGCAUGCGGGAAGCAAAGGGACAAGAGCCCGGCACCCAGUCGGUCACCUCCAACCAAGGAGGAGCACACAGCCUGCGGGCACGGCCGUCUUUUCGCCGAGAACAAGGUCAAGAUCGCGCUGUGCUACUUAUCUGCUCAAGGACGACUUCAAGCUGGUUGA